AUGUUGGUUCCCUUCGUCCAAGUUCUGGCUCUGGCUGCCACAGUCCAGUCAGCUGUCACGAAGCCUCAAGAUGCUGUCAAAGAUCUUCAGCACCAAGCGAUUACCGCGCUCAAGAAAGUCAAAGUGAACGGGACUGAAGAAUGCUCUGUGUCUAACGCUGCUGUCCGAAAAGACUGGGACACGAUGUCAGGCAGGGAGCGCAAAGCAUACACGACUGCCGUGCAAUGCAUGCUCAAUUCCCCUUCCAAGUCUGAUGCAUCGUUGGUUCCAGGUGCGCGCAACAGAUACGACGACUUCGUCGCGCAACACAUCAACCAGACUUUGUCAAUCCACGGCACUGGAAACUUUUUGACUUGGCAUAGGCUCUUCGUCUACUCCUAUGAGAAAGCAUUGAGAGAAGAAUGUUCAUACAAGGGCUACCAGCCGUACUGGAACUGGUUCUCCUACCAGGAUGACUUGAAAAGGUCCCCAGUCUUCGACGGCUCCACAACAAGUAUGAGCGGCGACGGUUCCUACGUCUCUCACAACGGUAGCGUAGGCGGCGCCGGCACCAUCUUCCUUCCUUCAGGAGAAGGAGGUGGCUGUCUGCAGAGCGGUCCAUUCAAAGGCAUGAUUGCCAACCUCGGGCCUGUGUCCCCUACAAUGCGGGGCCAAACGAAGGUCAAUGGAAGUCUGUCAUACAACCCUCGCUGCCUGAAGCGCGAUUUGACUACAUUCGCAUCAGCGAAAUGGCUCACGGUGGAGAACCUUCUGAACCUGACUGCCGGCGACGCAUCGGAGAACGUCAAGCUGUUCCAAGAUGAGCUUCAAGGUCGAUUCAAAGACGGCUUUCUCGGUCUGCAUGCCGCUGGCCACUUCAGCAUCGGCGGCGACGCCGGAGACGUCUUCUCUUCACCCGUCGAUCCAGUCUUCUUUCUACACCAUGCAAUGCUGGACAGGGUUUACUGGAUCUGGCAAGCUUUGCACAAAGAGCAGGCAAACACGGUCGCUGGCACACUUACGCUGAACAACAAUCCACCAAGUCGCAACACUACUUUGGAGGACCUUAUUCAGACAAACUAUCUCGGUGUCGAAGCUACGACGAUUGGUGAUUCGCUUGAUACAUUGGGGAAUAAGCCGUUGUGUUACAUCUACAAGUAG